AUGCAGAGGCUUCUCUCUUUGUUGCGCGUUUCCUCUCGCCCUGCGCUUGUGGAGAACGCCAGGGGGUACGGAACACGCAGGGAAUCAAAACCAUGGAAGCAGAGACCCAACAGGAAGGCUAAACUGGCGCUCGUUCUUACAGAAGACGUCGAUAAGUUGGGCAGGAGGGGUCACGUGGUGCGUGUGGAGCAUGGUUACGGCAGAAACUGGCUUCUCCCGCAGGGGAAAGCAGUGUAUGCCACUCCAGACAACAUGGAGCUCUACGGAGCCAGAGAGGAGAUGCAGGGGUCGGACAGUGAGGCCGACAUUGCUGCAUUCGUAAAGGGUGUCUUUGCUAAGCACGACAUUUCCGUGACUGUUCCUUCUGAGGGCGGGGAGUGGAGUGUUCAUGAACAACAUAUUGCCAAGGAGCUCCGGAGGUUCUGCCUCCACGUACCCCUCGACUGCAUACAGCUGUCCAAGCCUAUCACUUCAAUUGGAGCACACCCCGUCUUUCUAACGGUGGACGACGAAAAUGAGAUAUCGUUCACAGUCAAUGUUGUUUCGAGAGACACUCGGCAAACUGGACAGUAUGCCAGUGAGGGUUAUGUAGCUCCAUUGUUCAUCACAUUUCAACACAAUACUUCACUAGCAGGAUACAAACAUUAUUUGUCUUGA